UCGUGGUUGUGGUAGACGGAAUGUAUUGAAAAUAGCUAUUAUAAGCAGGAAUUGACCAAGACUAUCUGAAAUACACUGUCGUGUAUGUUCGGUUUCUAUUGUAUGUGUAUAUAUAGAAAAUGUGUUAUACCCUACAAACAUUAGUGUAUCCCGAUCAUACCAAGUACCACCACUGCUGUUGUGGUCAUCAAUAAAACUCGGAUUUUAUUGUGGGUUUUUCGCGUCGGUUCUGUAUUACAGGAUGGCAUCAAAGAAAGCUAAACUUGGCUGUGAUGUUUGUGGAGAUGACCAUGCUACUGAUGACUGUCCACAGUUGGGGCCUGUUACGGAAGUGUGUGAUGCUCAAGUUCAAUCUCGAGCCAGGCUGACACUUCCUGCACAGUUGCAACUAAACACAAGUGGGAAGGGUGUUGUCGCUAAUUCAGUGAUAACUGCCCGUACUAGAUUCGGACCUUUUGAAGCUCCGCGAGUAAAUAUAAAGCGAACUCAAACUUCAGGCUUUGACCUCAUGGUUUUUAACGGUAACAAGACCAUUUUACUUCAAAUAGACAUAGAGAAUGAGUGCAAUUGGAUGUGUCUCGUUCAGCCUGCAACUUGUUCAGAUGAACAGAAUCUCAUGGCUUUGCAGAUGAAGGAUGACAUAUUCUACAUAACCACACGAGACAUCUCUGCAGGAGAGCAGUUGAAGGUUUGGUAUGCACCUGCAUAUGCUGAAAAGCUCCAGAAACCACCAAAUCCAGAACCAUUACCUUUGACAUUGCCAGAUACCAGAAAGAUACCUAAGAGUGCAAAUACUGUGAAGAAAGCCCCACGCCCGAAAUCUCAUCUUCAUCAUUUCAACAUUCACUGCAAGAAAUGUAAUGUGGUUUCUCCAACAAGGCCUGAUUUUGUUGCUCACCUCAGGAAUGUUCAUGGUACAUUUACGAGAAGAAAACAGAAGAACCCUGAGGUUGAAGAAGGCGCUGAACGUCCAUCUGCAGCGGAUAACUCUCCAGCAGUGAGCGAAGAGGCAAAACCGACUGACCCCCUAACACCUGAGCAAAGUAACUCUACUGUUGAUAGCUCUGAAGCUCCCUCAACUAGUUAUAUUCCAAGGUCCAGGCGCAGAAACGUGAAACCAAAACGGUUCUUCGACGAAGACACAAAACCUUUCGAGCGGAGUGAUUCUGCAAACUUUACUCCCGUGCUCUCAAUGUGUGACCUCGACGACGAAGGCGUCAACGAAGCAGGAGUAAUCUUGGAAGUUAGGGAUAGAGAAGAAAUAGAUGAGGAAGGUGAGAAGAAGGACUCUACUGAAGAACUCGCAACUCCAAACUCAGGACGCCUCGGCGAUGACACGGAGGAUAUUAAUUGGACGUGUGACGUCUGUGAUGCAACCCAUGAGACGCAGGACCAGCUGCGAUCGCACGUCCUCGAUGAUCACGCCGCGGAAUUCACCUGCGCCGACUGCCAGCUCACGUUCCUACGCCAGGAGAAGUUGCAGAACCAUCUGUGUGAGGACAGCGCGAGUUCGGGGUCGUUCUUCUGCGCCGACUGCCCGAAGUUGUUCGCGAACCAGCGGCUGCUCGAUCGCCACACGACUUGCCACGGCGCGUCGGGCGCGUACUACUGCGAGACGUGCCACGCGUGUUUUGCGACGAGACGCGCGAUGACGGACCACUCCUGCCGCUGUGAAGACGGCGAGGCUUUCCGCUGCGAGAUCUGCGGCGAUCGCUUCGUGAACGAGCUCUACCUGCAGCGCCACCUGGCGGCGACGCACGAGCGGAGGUUCGCGUGCGACACCUGCGAGAAGACGUUCGUUCUCGAAAAGCGGUUGACGGUGCACGCGGUCGUCUGCGAGGGCCUGCGCUCGAUCGCGCAGAACGCGGCCGCGCAGUGCCGCCGCUGCCUGCAGAUCUUCACGGACGGGACGGCGUUCGAGCGGCACGCGUCCUCGCACACCCACCCGCACGAGUGCGCGCGCUGCCGCCGCAGCUUCGCGAAGUCUCUCAGCCGGUUGCUGCACGCGUGCCAGCGGCGCGGGCGUGGCGGGCGAGGCAGCUUCGCGUGCGCGGAGUGCGGGCGCGCGUUCGACGACGCCGCGAAGCUGUUGCGUCACGCGCGCGUGCACGAGCGCGCGCCGUUUGAGUGUGAGUACUGCCGUCGCGUGUUCGCGCGCAAGGACCUGCUGCUGCGGCACGGCCGCGAGUACCUCGUCGAGCCGCGCGUCUGCGAGACGUGCGGCGUGUCGUUCACGAGCAAGAGCGCGCUCGGCAUCCACGCGAAGACGCACGGCGACAAGACGCACGCGUGCGAGCUGUGCGCCAAGCGCUUCCACCGCAGCGACACGCUGAAGAUCCACUACGGCGUGCACACGAACGAGCGCAACUUCCAGUGCGCGCAGUGCGGCAACCGGCUGAAGAGCAAGGCGGCGCUGCGCGUGCACCUGAUGAGCCACACGGGCCUGCGACCCUUCACCUGCGACAUCUGCGGGCAGCCGUUCGCGCAGAAGGGCAACAUGGAGAAGCACCGCGAGAAGCACGACCCGAACCGCUGCUACAAGUGCGGCUGCUGCGAGAAGACGUUCGCCGACAAGGUGUACGCGCGCGUGCACGAGCUCGAGCACACGGCGACGACACGCUUCGGCUGCAAGCUCUGCCACAAGACGUUCGUCAAGCUCUACCUGCUCAACAACCACGUGCGCGAGGCGCACUCGAGCGAGACGUACGUCUGCGAGUUCUGCGGCAUGGCGAUCAAGAUGAAGCACAGCCUGAAGCGGCACAUGCUGCGCAAGCAUGCAGACGCGCGCGACGUCUGGCAGCGCGCCGACUACUUCAAGACGCAGCGCAAGGCCGACAUCGACGACGGCAACGCCGCGCCGACGGUCGUGCGCGUCGACAGCCUCAACGCGGGCGCGGGCGCCGCCGGCGAAGUCGUCACGAUCACGGACGAGGCGGGGAAUCUCAUCGAGACAGGCUUCGAGCAGAUCCUGCUGCUGUCGAACCUGGCGACGGAGGACGGCGCCGCCGUCGCCAUCAACCCCGAGCAGAUGGAGGCGAUCGGCGAGGCGCUGCAGGCCGUCGAGUCGCUCGAACACGGCGUUGCCACGACGACAAUGACGACGACCGAUCAGCCCGCCGAAGUCGCGGUCCCGCUCGGCGGAAACGACGAGAUCGCCGCGGCGACGGGAGACGGCGAGGGGUACGUCGCCGCGGAGACGGCGGGGGAGGCGGCGACGACGGGUGGCAGCACGACGUUGUCGAUCAACAUCAACGGCGUGCAGACGACGGCCGUGAUACCCGUGGAGAAUCCGACGCAGGAGCAGAUACGCGACGUCGUGCAGCGCAUCAUGCAGCUGCCGCAGAUCGCCAGGGACCACUGCGCGAAGGAUCGCUGGCAGCGUCAGCUGCGGGGAAUAACCUCAUACGUGAAUAAUCUCCACGGUCUCGGCACGACUCAUUUACCGUUAGAGUUUUGA